AUGGCCAACUUGUUCGCCGCGUGCGUUGGUACCAUCCCCAACUACGUGCAGCUAUCCCCGAGCGUGGCAAACAUGAGCCUGAGUCGCGGCUUGCGCGGUCGUGCGCGCGCGGGCCCGUGGGUCGUCCUCUUUGCCGCCUGCUCCACGCUGGUGGUGUCGGACGUGGCCGCCUCGGUGCCACGCGCGGUCGUUGGCGCCUACAUGGCGCACAUGGGCAUCGGAUUCAUGGGCGAAGGUUUGGAGACCAUCGUCGACAAGCUGCUCGUGGUUGUCGUGCCCCUGCUCAUGGCGUGCAGCUUCUUGUCCGGCCUGAUCUUUGGCCUGAUUGUCUCGCUCAUCAAGUUCGUCAUCAUCUACUCGCGCGCGCCCAUCGUUCGCGUGCACACCGACGGGCUGCAGUCAAACACGGUGCGGCCCUGGAUGCAUCGCACGUUUCUGCUCGAGUACGGCGCCGCCAACAUCCACAUCGUCUCGGUACACGGCUUCCUGAUGUUUGGAUCGUCGCCCCAGCUCUCGCGGGCGGUGGCUGCCGUCGCCGAGGCGGACAGUGACACCACGUCCGGGGCCACGGCAAAGGGUGAAGCAAGUAGCGCCGACGGACUUGCAGACGGCGGUGGCGACGAGGCUGCGCCGCCGGUGCCCGUGAUGCCGCCCUGGUUUGUGAUCCUCGAUCUCGCCGCGUGCAAGGGGUGCGACUUUGGCGCGGUGCAGGAGCUCAUCAAGCUCUCCGAGACGCGCGGUCUUAACCACUUUUGCCCUCCCGCCGCCGACCUCCACACCGCGCCGAUGCCCGACUCCGACACCGACGCGUCCUGGGCCGUGGAACUGAGGCGCGCCUUCAGUCGCUACGACGCCGACGUCUCGCGCAUCAUCGAGGGCGCCUACAUGCGGCAGGAACCAUCGGUGUCCAUAACUGUGCGCUCGCACCCGUACAUCAUCAUGUUCGCUGACAUGAAGCAGAUCUCGUCAACGGAUUCGACCAAGACGCGGCGCGUGCAGCGCAGCGCGCCGCCAACGAACAAGCGCAAGCACGGGGCUGGGGAAAAUGCAGCGCCGGACGCACCAGCAAGCGGCGCAAGCAGCUCGUGGAUGGGCUGCGCACCUGCUCCCGCGGCGGCCCCGCCGCUGCGCUUCAAGCGCUGGAGGGAGAACGGCUUCGUGGCGUCGUCGACACUCUGCACAAGCCCGGCUGCCGUGCCGCGUCUGCUGCCGCCGCCCACACUCCAGGUCGAGGUCCUGCACGCAUCGCCCGGGGAAAACGUGAUCCUGAUCCGCAAGGCUCUCGCCGCCGCCUCGCAGUUGGUGGUGGCGCAGCUGCUCACGACUGCCGCGCAGCACUUGGAGCAAGUCCGCGCCAGCGGCAAAGGCGCCAUCUGGGUCGACGAGAGCGGGGCCGCCACGACCUUGCUGCAUGGCGAGACGCGGAUGGCACUGCGCGCGAGCGCCGUGCAGUUGCGCGGUAGUGGGCACGCGGCGGCGGCCGACGAGGUUGCGGCGCUGGCUGACGAGCGCGAGUACACGAGCACCGGCGGCGCGCUAGUGUAUCCGCCGGGCGAGAGGCUCGGGCUGCACCUAGACGACAUCGCCGCCUGCAACUCCAGCCCGUUCGACCCACGUGUCGAGCACGGCGUCUGCGUCGACGUGGUCGAGGUGGACAUCCAGCUCGGCUGCGGCGACCAGUCUCAGCACAACCUGCUGACCCCGGCGGUCGCGGAGGGCGUGCGCCGGCUGGACGGCCAGAUAGACGUCGUCUUUGCCGGCAUCGUGUGCAGCACUCACACGCUGGCGCGCUUCCGCAGUGACGGGCUGUGCGCCCCAUUGCGCGAUCGCCGCCGCCCGCUCGGUCUUCCAAAGCUGACGGAGGCGCAGCAGCGGACGCUCAACGAGUCCAACGCCCUCACGCGCCUGAGUCUCGAGUGUUGCGCGCUCGUCUAUGCCAACGGGGGGGAGGCCACCGUCCACACCGUCCACACCGUCCACACCGCGAUGAUCGAGAACCCGGUCGACUACGCCUCAGAGGAGCGGCUUCGCCGCCCGUUUGCGGAACAGCAGGAUCGCCACUGCCCCCUCUGGUGCGUCCCCGCCGUCGACGCGUUCCUCAAGUGCGCUUGCAAUCGGAGACUGGUGGAGCACGAGCAGUGCGUGCUCGGCUCGGACUACAUGAAGCCGACCGCUCUGCUCUCCACGGAUGGCAUCCAGGGCCUCGUGAUACGCAACUUCGGGGACAAGCGCUGCGGCCCCACCACGUGCAAAUAUUUCAUGAAGCCCCACCCCGAGAAGGCGAUUGGGCAGGACGACGUGGGCAACUUCAAGUCCGCAAAGGCCGCCGCCUACCCGCCUAAGAUGAACCGGCUUCUCGCCAACACAUUCAUCUGCCUCGCGGAGAAGUCCGCCGCGGCUGCGGCAGGGCUCGACGAGCAGUCGCACAAUGCCCUCAAGUCUCUGUUUGGCCUCUCCCGCACCUACCAGACGGCGGAGGCGAAGGCUGCCCAGCUCCGGCAGGAGCGCACAAAGGCGCUCGCGCCUUUCUGGGUCGAGAUGCACAAAGCCGACUACAAGGCGAGCUGCAGUCUGACCUUCAAGUUGGGCGCGACCUCGCGUGGGGCCGGGGGCGGGCGGGGUCCGGCGCAGCGGCAGCGACUUUUUUAA